UUGUACACAGAAAUGAAAUCAAACACAAAUACACAUCUGAAUUCAAUCAAGAAAUAAGUUCAACAUAAACUGAAUUCAAGAAUUAAUUUCAAUAGAGACGAAACCAAGAAUUAAAUGGAACUUAUAAAGAAAUUAAAUUAAAACAACUGUAACUUCAAAAAUUCACCAUAAGCUGAAAAAUAAAACCAGAUUAAAGAUGAACUAAUCAAUUAUUAUCGGCUGAUUGAGCGUACCUCGAAGACGUCCUUGUCGGUGUUGACCUCGGCCUUCUGGGCCCACUUCUGCCAGAAAUCCGGGUCGUUGAUGUCGAUGUCAUCCCUCGUCCCGGUUGCGGCGAAGCUGGCCUUGGAGAAAGUGGAGCCCUUCUCGCCGGCCUCCAGCUGCACGGUCUGCGUGCGGUGCUGCAGGAUCUGGUCGAUGUCCUCCGUGCAGAACUGGUACGCCCGCAGCCGGCCGUACUCGAGAGCCAUCGAGCACCGGACCAGCUGGAUGGCCUCACACGGCAGACCUCGGCAUGCUGCCACGAAAUCAUCCAGGUGCCACGCGUACGCGGUGCCCCUCCGGUCUCGUUCACCGUCCCGGAAUCAUGCACAUCGCAACGGUCAGCGUUACCGCUAUGGUCCAGGCACAUGAACAAUUUCGUCACGCCGACGAUAUACAACUUCGCCAGGCGGAUCCCGGGAUGCUCCCGCGUCAUAGAGCGAAUCAUGUCCGCGACGAUUAAGAAAUCCAAGAGGUGGAUGCUGUGGGCGCGGUCAUGGAGGAUUGGAGGAUGAUAUGUUUGGUGGUGGAGCGCAAACAGGUGAAGAUAGGCGAGGCUAGGAUGUAGUGGAGGUGUCGGCUGGCCGUGCUCGUCUCGAUGACAAUGUUGGCCGUCAAAGUUGGCAAGGCGAGGAUAAUGUUCCACGCCGGGCGGACGACGCGCAACUUAGUCUGCGUCAGCGUGUCCAGAUGGGCGAACACCUGCUGCCAUUCGUCCACCCCCAACGCCGGGGAUCCAUCCGUCGUCGCAUGUUCAAAAGGAGGCGGCCGCACGCAGGAUGUCCGGAAUGCGUUGAACCAGCGCGUGGAGCAGCGGUUGAAGAUGGUUCUGUAACAAUCGAACAAGGACCUCAACAGUCGGUUGCUUUCUGGGUGCGCAGAACAAGCAGUUCCCGUUGAAAUGCUUUAAGCAUCGUUUUAACCUGUGUCAUGGCAGCCAGAGAAGGCCCAAAACCCUAGGCUAGCAGCCAGCUCCAACAUAUACUGCAGCACCCCAUCCUGGGCAUCGACGCCGACCACCUGGCCGCAGGAGGCAUAUCCCGCGCAAAUCUGCAGCUCCAUCAUCAUCGGCAGCAGCUGUGCUGCGGACGCCACACCACACUCGGCGGGCAUCGGCAGGCUGCGCUUGACAAAGCGUCCGGGAGCAAUGCGCUGCGGCAGCUGCGCCGUCGACCCCUUCGGCUGCUCCGUCGACAGUCGCCCCGCACGGGGCGGCGGAGGAGGUGCCGGGGAAGAAUGCCCGUCCAAGUGGCGCCGCUGUCAUCCCGCCCCAGGACGACGGCACAUCGGAUAACACCAGAAGGACGGAUCCCAGGCGCGCGGUUUCCGCGCCGUCCGGGAUAUUUAUGGCGCCGCACUUCCCCCGCCACGGUCGUCCAGGGCACUGGGGUCGCUUCGUCAAGCAAUACCACUCUGGAUGCCAUUACUCCUGCAUCCCUUGGCAAAGAAGACGCUGUGGUGCGGGAUGAGUUCGCAGCGACGGAUCGGGGCACAGCAGAUCGAUGAAGGGCUCGUUGUCGGACUGUGGACACGUACACCACGCGGUCCGUACAGCAGGACGUUAUCGUCGCCCACAAUAUUGAUGUCCGUUCCACAAACAUGGUGAACGAUGGAUUUUGUGAGCAGUGUGAUGAAGCACCGUGAUGCAAUUGGUUUGUGGUGAAUCUGGACGGAGCAGUUUCAUGCAAAUGUUGAGGAAUGUCAUCUGUUACGAAGUGAUUUAGUGGUAACUUGGAUUCCUGCUGAAUGCUGAUCAACUCGUCGUCCCCGUGGAGAAUGUCUUCAUCCAUCUCACUGCGCGCUCUGAUCCGCACAGCGAGCACACUAUCCGCAUCCACAGCAUCGUGUUCGCUGCUGCGUUCUCCGCUGCCUCUGUUGCUAUUCCGACCUUCCCCGUUAUGUCGCCAGCCUUUCCGCAGCAUCUCCGAUGACAGCAGCGACACGCAGGCGUCGCUGCAGCAGUCGUUAAACUUCGUCAAACUGCCCGGUUUGUCCGAGGAAGAUGAGCGCCGUUUCCAGAUUCUGCAGUUUGAAGUGGACGUACUGCGCCAGUCGGGAUACAAAGUGCCCAGCGCCAUCGCGGAGGAAGAGUGGCGAGAGCUGCUGGCGAAGCCCUCCAAACAUUCACGACUCAAGUACUACAACUAUCUCUUCAAGUCGGAGAUGGGUCGGUUGAAAGUCAUCCGACAAAAAGAGAGGAAAGCGGAGGUAAAUUUUUCGGUGGAGUCUUGUGAGACUUUCUAUGGAUUUUUUCUCUUGUGUGUGGGCAUCCAGAAACGCCAGGAGAAGUUCGAUGCAAUGGUGCGCGAACGGGAAGAAGCUCCGGACAGGAUACAGUACGGCCUCGGUCACAACACCUUCUUCCCGUACAUCCGCGAUGCGGACAUGCUGCAGGCGCAGAACUACAAGCUGGCGCGGGCCCGCUGCAUCGGGCAGCCGCUGGUGGUCGACCUGGGCUUCGACGAGUGGAUGACGGAGCGCGAGCAGGUCAACUGCGCCACGCAACUGCGCGAUGCCUACGCUUACAACCGGGACGCGCGGGAUCCUUUCUGGCUGCAGUUCUGCAAUGUCAACUUCCAAGGUCAUACAUAUAAGGCGAUGGAAGGUGCGAUAGGAAAUAUUAAUUUACCAUCGUGUCUGCUGGAGUUCUCGGAAAAGAGUUAUCUGGAUCUCUUCCCGAAGGAGAAGAUCGUCUACCUGACGCCCAACGCCGAGUACAACAUGCGGGAAUUCAACGAGGAUGACGUGUACGUCAUCGGGGCCAUCGUCGACCGGUCGCAGUCCAAACCGUUGACCCUGGCCAAAGCCAAACGCGAAGGCCUGCGGAUGGCCAAACUCCCCAUUGACGUCUACCUCCGGUGGGCCGUGGGCUCCAAGUAUCUGGCGUUGAAUCACGUGAUAUCGCUGCUGGUGGAUGUGAAACGGAACGGCGAUUGGGAAGCCGCAUUGCGUGCGCACAUUCCUAAACGGAAGGUCUUCCAGCCGGAAGACGAAGCAGCGGAAACCCUCCAACAACCCCGGGUGCGAGCGAACCAACGACUGGUCCAUGCAUCGAGAAACCGGGAUGCGCGUAAUCUGAUGGCUCCGUGAUGUGCUGAUGGCUCCGAUGGCGAAAUCCGCAGGUUGGGAUUUUUUUAUGCGUAGAAACUGUUAUUUAUUAAUUUUAUUUCAUGUUUUUUAACAUAAAAAUUCGUGAAAUUGUAUUUUAAUUUUGUUAUGACUUUGGAGGGGUUGGAUGUAAAUGGUAUGAGGACGACAUGCGAAACGUUGUUUUGUUGGGAAAAAAUUAAAACGAAAUGAAACGUCAGCUGUAAUUGUUAAAACUUGGGAAACAAUAUAAAAAAUAAUGGGAAAUAAAAAAGAUGGAGAAUAAUUACAACUCGAAUCCGGUCAUUUUUUUCUCAUUUUGUUCGAUGCUGGCAUCUGCUUGUUUGCAGAGAUUUUGUAGUAGGAUGGCUUGAAUGUUCUAUCCUUUUAGCUCGAUCUUGCCACUGAAAUGUUAUGUUGGAAAUAGCAGUUUAGCCUUUUUUUAAUUUAAUUUCUCG